UUUUUGCAUUUAGUGGGCAUUUUGGACAUAUUCCACAUUUUCCACACGUGAUCACCAGUGGCCCAAAUUUGUCAUUUGAUAAUAAUCAGGUGCAGUCAAGGUCUCCUGAUCUGAGAUAAAUCUGUUCCAACACUUACUGUAAAUACUUUAAUUACAGGGAAACCUGUGCAAGGUGUCACGGGAUGCCUCCCACCCUCUGUGUAAAUAGCAAGCGUGUAUUCAUGUUUCGUUUCACGGAAUGAAGCAACAAAAGAACGCAUUUGUACAUUCAUACCUACAAGGUAGAUUGUGUAAUAGCGUCUAUCCGGUAUGACUAUCUUGGCUCAGAGUCACUGAGGUGGAGCCUGUCACAAGUUUCAAGCAAAUAGAAAGCAAACAGCUGAUUGCAGACGAGUUUCCCUGUGUGACUCUACUCAGCUGUCUACCACGGGGAAAAGAUUAUGAUCGACUGAAAUGGCACCUGAACUCCCAGAUUCUAGCAAGAAACAGUCCACAGCAGCUUUUCUCACGAGACCUCAGAGUUAAAUCUCUGGUUGAUCUUGCAUAGUGCCAUCGAAAUGCUUGACUCUAACAGUCAGUACACACAACUGCGAUGGCUACUAACCAUUGCUGGACUUUUCCUCUAUGUGGUGGACAUUGGGACAGACGUUGCACUGGCUCUGAGAUAUGUUGGUGAGAAACAAUAUGUCGGGGCUGGACUGACUCUCCUGUUUGUUCUGGCUGGAUUGCUGGUGAGCCAGAUCUUCAGCUUUGCCUGGUACAGGGACGACAUGAAGGAUGGGCUGACAAACCCAGGCGGCAGAGGAACCGUGGCCGGCAUGUCAACUGGUCUACUUGUUGUCCUGCACGUAUUUGGCAUGGGAGUUGUCUCCAGGUAUUACCACCUGCUGAAAAGGGGCUUUAAAGUAACUAGUAUGACGCCAAAGUGCAGCACGGCGGAGGAGAGGAGGGAGGAGCACUACUUUCUGUUUUGCCUGGCUGCUGAUCUGAGCAUGCUCAAACUGUUUGAGGCUUUCCUGGAGAGUGCCCCCCAGCUCCUUCUACAGCUUUACAUAGUGCUGGAUCACAAAGAAGCCUCUCUAAUGCAGUAUUUAUCUAUGGUCUUUUCCUUCUUCAAUAUCGCCUGGGCCCUGGUGGACUAUCGCCGCUGCCUGCGCAGAUCCCUCCCUCUUAUUAAGGAGAUGCCCUCAGGCCUCCCCACAGCGAUCUACCUCUUGUACAAACUUUGCACCAUCACCAGCCACAUCCUCAGCUACAGCCUCCUCCUCAUACUGAGCUCUUACAGCACCGUGGCCCUCGUCCUCCUCUGGCUGCUCAUGACAACCUUCACACACCUGCUUCACACCAACUUCUGCUCAUCCAAAGGCCUCGAGCUCCUCUACCAGACCGUCGUGGGAGUCAUCCUCACCUUCACUUUUUUCAAUGUUAAAGGACAGGACACGAAAGUGCUCAUGACCAUCUACUACAUUUUCAACUUUCUCAUAAACGUUACGGCUCCGGUCUUGCUGGCUCUGUUGAAGCCAGAACAGCAGACAUUACUGCUGGUAGUUGGUUGUUUGAUUGGUGGAGGGUCAGUGCUGGGCCUGGGCAGCCUCAUCCUGUACUACCUCUACCUGCAUCCCAGGGAGAAGUCUAGCGAGGCAGAUGAGGUGGACGGUCUGGGGAAGGAAACAAAGAGCAUUAGAAGAAUGAGGAUCUUUUUACAACCCUGAAAAAGUACUUUCAUUCAAAGUUGUACAGAAGAUAGAGAUGCACUUACUGUAAAUGUGAACCUUUGACAGAAAGGAACUAGAAUAUCAUCUCCAUAUGGUGCUUAUAAUUUAUUAGAUAUUCACAUAGUCAACACUUAUCCUCACCCACCAUUAUCCACUCUGGGAUUUAGUUAGCGUUUUUAUUACCAGUACAAAAAGCUAGCAAUUUAUUUAAGUUAUUAGUAUUUAAUAGUCAGUUGUUCUAAUUUAUAUAGAGAGAGUUUUAUUUAGUCCUGCUUGCAUGAAAUAUAUGUCAACAACAUUUGUUGGGGGCGACUAGAAUAGUCACCUUAUAUUACAGACCUUAUAUUAUUCUUAAAUAUAUCACGUGUCAAUGUGACACAAACAUUUCAUUGAUAUAACAUUGGAAGAGAAAAUUUACAAAAUGGCUAAAAUUUGUUUUCACAUUUUUGUGUUAUAUAAAUUAUUUGUGAUGUACAAAAAAUGAUAAAGAUAAAUUAUUUUGUAUUCUUA